UAGUUAGUACCUAACACCAGCUAUAAUUACACACUUGACUCAACCCCCAAUUCCCCAAAAUCCCACCAUUUUUGUGAUCAAUCUAGAACCACAACAAAAGGGGUUCCAAAAAAAAGUGUUCUUGAAUAAAUUUGCAAUUUUUUUUUUUGAAAAAAAAUGGAGAAAGUAGAAGUAGCAGCAGUAGAUCAGCUACUAGGGAAAACAGUGGAAAACAAACAAAUCAUAUUGAAAGGAUAUAUUGAAGGAAUUCCAAAAGAAAGUGAUAUGGAGUUGAAAAUUGGCAAAAAAUUGAAUCUUGAUAAAGUUCCAAAAGGGUCAAAUGGAUUAUUGGUGAAGAAUUUAUACUUAUCUUGUGAUCCUUUUAUGCGUGGACGGAUGCGCGAUUUCACCGGGUCUUACCUCCCUCCUUUCGUUCCGGGAGAGGUAAUUGAAGGAUUUGGCGUCUCCAAAGUUUUAGACUCGGAUAAUCCAGACUUCAAGCCAGGUGAUAUAAUCUCAGGUUUCACCGGUUGGGAAGAAUACAGCUUAAUAUACAAUACCGAGCAGCUGAGGAAAAUUCAGGCGGAUGAUAUGCCUCUGUCCUAUCAUAUCGGUCUUCUUGGCAUGCCAGGUUUUACAGCUUAUGCUGGAUUUUACGAGGUUUGUAUACCAAAAAAAGGGGAUUAUGUUUUUGUUUCUGCUGCCUCGGGAGCAGUUGGCCAGCUCGUUGGCCAACUGGCGAAGUUACAUGGAUGCUACGUCGUAGGAUGUGCUGGGACAAAACAAAAGGUUGACAUACUAAAGAGUAAGCUUGGAUUUGAUGGAGCAUUCAACUAUAAGGAAGAAGCAGAUAUUGAUAAAGCUCUCAAAAGACAUUUCCCGGAGGGGAUCGACAUUUACUUUGACAACGUGGGCGGAUCCAUUCUAGACGCAGCAUUGCUCAACAUGAGGAUCCAUGGUCGGAUUGCCAUAUGCGGGAUGGUUUCUCAGCAAAGCCUUUCUAAUCCACAAGGUAUACACAACUUGUUUCAGCUCAUCACUAAGCGCGUUAAGAUGCAGGGCUUUCUUCAGAGCGAUUAUCUACAUCUAUUUCCGCGCUUUCUUAAAGACGUUAGUAGCUUGUACAAGCAGGGAAAGAUUACAUACUUAGAAGACAUGAACGAAGGCCUCGAGAGUGGUCCUUCCGCCUUUGUUGGACUGUUUUCUGGACGGAACAUGGGUAAACAGGUCAUCCGUGUCGCUCACCAUUGAUCUUAGUCCAGACCCCUCGAGUUUUUUUUCUCGAGACACAGAUCUUACUUCUACCUCCGAGCUUAUCAUGACCUUCCCUGUUAGCAAAAAAAGACCAUGUUUGCAUCAGGAACAAGGCCUAUAUAGACCAAGUUGUAAACUCAUGAUGAGACAAUGAACACUAUUUUUUCUGUAGUUAGAUAGUUAAUAUUAUCAAAUUCAUGCAUUAUAUUUUUCGUAUUAUUAA